AUGGCCGACCAAGAACCCACCACCCCCCUCGCGCUCCCGCCCGGGCUGUCGCCCGAUCAGCUCGACAUCAUGACGGAGCUGUCCUCCCUCCUCGCCCGACUGCGCGCCCCCGUCACCCUGCCCGGCACCUCGACCACGGGCCAGACACCCGCCGCUCCCACCCCAUCACAGCAACCGUCCGGGAGCCAAUCGCAGUCGCAAUCCCAGCCCUUGCCGCCGCCGCCGCCGUCAUCAUCUUCGGCAGCAGCGGCGGCCGCAGCAGCAGCAGCGACACAGUCCCAAGGCAGCAGCAGCAACAGCACCGCCGUCGGCGACAUAUCCCUACGCGACUUCCCCGCCAGCACCGAUCACUUGCGCCUCAAGCUGCAAGAGGCCAAGGCCGUGGUCCUGGCGCUGCCCGACAUGGACAAGAGCGUUGCGCAGCAGGAGGCCGAGAUUCGUCAAUUGGAGGACCGCAUCAGGCGACAGCAUGAACAGCUCGCCGCACUGCGGGAGAAGGGGAACGCAUUCGCGACCACGGAUCGGAUGGAGGAGUAG